AAUCUGGCUUCCGCCACCCACGUAUCGAUCAGUUGAUAUUUCCCAGAAUAGAAGCCGCACGUCCGCGGUUUUUCAUUGUUUGUUUAUCUGGUUUUUUUCCUUGUUUAUGUGGCCAAUAUGAAUUGCUUUAGCAUGUCUUACGAUUGCUAAAAGCUCUCCCUCGUAAGAGGCUUCAAAGUUGCGAAAGGCGACCUCACAAGCCCUAUGCUAAAACUGCGGCUCGUUUCCACACAUUUCCUGAAGCAGCCGUAGAAUGUGUCGAGAUCGAGAUAUGGUUUUUUAAUCCGUUUACCAUAAGUCUAAUUCAUCAUCCAUUUUCAAAUCAAAUAAUCACUUCAUUUAUUUAUAUAUAAAAAAACAUAAUAGGCGUUCAUUCCAUUUGGCUUAUUUUAUCAUUGAAAAUAUGAAAAGUUGCGUUCUAAACGAAGAAGAGCCGCAAAAAUUUGUGGCUAAGAUUAAGUAUGACCAUCGCAUAUGCAAAGUGAAAAAAAUCUCUUUGCCUGCCGGUACGAAGGCUUCAUCUCAGCCUAGUUUUGAUGAAGCAAAGGCCAGUUGUAAGGCGAGAAAACGAAAGGAGAGACAAGAAAGUUUAAGCUCACAGGACCAAGAUAGGAAGCUAAUAAGGUCUAAUUCCGAAGAGCGUCCAGUAAUAACUGAAGACAAAAACACCAGUAUUCGUCGUGUAUCUAGCUCUGGAGACUUCCCGAAAUCCCCUUUUCAUGAAAAAUCAAAAUCCCCCAGCAGAAAAUACGAAUAUUCAGAUAAAGCGUCGAAAUAUGAUGAUCAUGAAUAUGAAAAGAAACGUUCGCAUGAGCGAUUUGCUCGUACGCAUAACUAUAGGAAUAAAAAAUUUACAGUCAGGAGAUAUAAGCAAAAAUGCACUUCUAAAGGCAGGAGCAAAGGAGAUGAAAAAAUUGUGAACAGUACAACAGAUCAAACUGACCUUCCAGAAGCGGAAAAUAUUACCAGCCCUAAUUACAUUGUAUCUCCAGAACUUGAUUUUGCCAGUUUAAUAGAGUCUUCUGAGCCCCUUUUAUCCAGACCAGCGCAGCAAAUCAAUGAAACAAUUCCAAGUAGAGCAUUGAUCUAUAGUCAAAGAGACUCGGACAUAGCUACGCAUAUGAUACAUUUGGAUCCUGAUGUUCCCAAGAAGUUUUUACAGAAUCCUUUUGAUGAGCGCAUCCAAAAGUUGAGUAAACAAAUAAGCAGCUGCAAGAAGAAAAUCGGGAUCAGAGAGAAAGAGUUUGAGAUAAAAACUGGGUCGAAACCAACCGAAUUUGAUCGAAUAAAAGAUGAAGGUUUAAGGAAGUUGUACAUUGAAUUGAACAAAUUAAAAAAUGAACAUCGACAACUAACGGAAAUCGUCGCAUCUGGAGGUGGAGGGUUAAAGGUGACUGCGCAGAAAAUUUCACCAGCCACUUUGGAGGAAACAGUAAAAGAAAUUGAGAAGAAAUUAACGGCCAAACGUGACUCAGGCAAUAGGAAUCUCUGUCUGGAAGAAAUGACCGCAGAACAGCUCAUCGAGGAAAAAAUUGCCACCCAGAAAGCACUGUUGUUUUUGGAAAGUGUUCAUGGUCGGCCGCAGAGUAAGCAGGAUAGGGAUAUAGUGCGACCAUUUUAUGAUAGAUACAGGAUGUUGAAGAGGAUGGUGGCUAAAGUAUCUAGUGCUGGCACUAAUAGUGAGCUAGCAACAAUCCACGAAAAUGAAGCAAUGCAUUUCGUAACACCCAAUUCCUCGUCCAACGAAACUGAAUCAGAAAAAACCGAAACACCAAUAGCCGUUGAAAACGACCAUCUUUUAGAAAACCUGCACUCAUUAAGCAAAUCAGAGUUAGAGAAGGAGUUCAAGAUAACCUCAGAUACAAAAAGGAGCCUGAAAAAGAAAAUAAAGGAGUUUGAAAUGGAUGAAAGGGUCCAUGGAGUUUUAACUAAAUCAGACAAGAAACCGAUGGAAGAAUUUUAUAUCGCUUAUAAAAAAGUGAAGAGCCGUUUAAAGUUAUUGGAGGCUCUUCUUGCCAAAUGUUAAUUUAUUGGCGCACAUAAUUUUAUAUGUUGUUUGUCGAUUUAUAGAGGUUUAUUAUAUAAAAUGUAUGCUAAGUAGAAUAUAUAGAUGUAGUCAUAAUGUCAUUAUUAACGUCCUGACUUCCAAAGUUUCAGAGACAAUAUAUAUGAAUGAGUAUUUUGUAGUUGCUGGUCUGUCUUACUUCCGAAAUAAAUAUUGUCUAGGCAUUAUUAAAAAAAA